AUGCUUAUUGUUAAAGGAGGUCCCCCUUAGAAAAUAGGAAAGACUCAAUCGGUUCAUCACAUGCCUUAAGAUUCUCAUUUAAUAGUAAGAAAAAACAAUUCUAAAUUAGAAACUCAAUCCAAUUCUUACACUUAAAACAGAAGGUUGUUUUGAUAGCACUUUGAAUCAAAUUUAUAAUAGUGUUAGUGAUACAGAAUAUGUUUAUGGAAGAAUAUUUAAGCAAUUGAUACUAUUUGUUGAUACAAAAUUUAGUGAAUUGACGGAAAAAAUAGAUAACUUCGAUAAUUUAUCUGAUAUCAACACACAUUUAUUAAGGAUAUAGUCCUCUUAAGUAAGCCCAAUCAUGAAAUAAAGAAAUGAUGACAGUCCAAGUGGAAUUGUUAGAAAUAAAAGUUCUGGAUCAUUGUUACAAUAAGAUAAUACUAGUUUAAGUGAAAAAGGGAAAAACUCUCCAAGUAAGAAGAUUCUUCAAAGAAAUGGUUUAUCAUCAUCAAAUGCAAUGGAUAUAAAUCGUUUAAACUAAUUCGAAAAGAAAAUUAGAUAAACAGAGGAAAAAUAAACUAAAUUUGAGCAGGAUCAAUAGGAUAGGUUUUCAGGUUUUUAAAACAGAAUUGAAAAAAUUAUUCGAUCCAUUUAAGAUAAACAAUAGUCUCUAUAAUUUUCAGAUUUAUAUAGGGGCAUUUAGGAAUUUUCUGAAAACUAAAAAUAAAUAGUUUCCUUCAUCUCAACCUCCUAAAAUGAAAUGAUGUAAAAAUAGAAUAUUUAUAUAGCGAAAUUAAUAAAAAAUUACUAUCAACAUCUAGAGAACAUUAAGACUAGAUUAAUCUAAUAAAAAACACUGUUGAAUAAACAAACUUAGCAUAUUUAGCUUGUAAUGAGAAGAUUGAAACUUUAUAAAAUAGUAUACAAUAAAUCGAUUAAGACUUACUCAUAAUUUUAAAAUGUUAUAAGGAUGUUUUGAAUGAUGUGUUUAGAAUUGAAAUAUUGGAAUAACAAUUGAAGAGAAUUUUAAAUAUCCUUAAUAAUUAUCACUGA